AAACCGGUAAUUUAGUAUUCCGUUUCAACCGAUUUGUCCGCAUUACUGCUCCAUGUCAGCCGGUUUAUAUAAAAUGGCGUCAGCCGAGUUUUUAGAGCAAGCUUUGUCCACAGACGUUGACGAGAACGCGGUGAAUGCUAUCGUAGGUUCUCUGGAAAAUCAAUUGGUUACGUCCGUUCCAUCAGUGUCGUCACAGAACAAUACAGUUAAUGUUAUUCCUAGUCAGCUUACUAAUAUUACAUCAAAUCCGAGUUCUAUUAUUGGUGUGCAGAAAUACAAUACGGACCAAGUGAACGUUGGUGAAAUAACGACUGGUAAUUUUCAAUCAGUGGGCCCAGCUGCUGGCGGUGUAACUUAUAAUAAUGUACAAACAUCCGUUCAGGGCUUCGUUUCGCAACAAUCGUUAAGUAACUCCAGCGAACCCAUUAAAGUGAUAUACUCUCCUCAGACAUCACAAACAUUGUCUAACAGUGUAAACAGAGUGUCAUUUCCCUCUCAAGCAUUACCGAAUGGGAGUAUCGGCCUCGCAGCAUCUCAGAAUCAAAUAAUCCAUACUGGAGCUUCCUGCGCCGUCAUCCCGCAGACCGUGAACAAAACCAUUACUAUGCAGCAGCCCCUCGUCAUCAAGCAAGGCGCUACAGCUGGUCAAGUCGGCAUGCAGCCUGGAAUGGUGACAGUGCCCAUGACGGUUAAUUCAAGCAUGCCUAACUCAAUACCUAAUGUUAUGACUUUAAAUAAGCCAGGAGGGCAAAAUGUUGUGGUAACAACUCAAAAUUUAGGCUCAGGGCAACCUGCAAUAAUCCCUAAUGUUCAAAUAUUAAAUAUGAGACCAGGAACUCCAUCGGUUGCAGCUCAGAAAUCAGUAGCCACAGUUUCACCACGGGUAGUAAUUGGAACACCUCAAGUAGUAGGAGCGCGAGCUGCCACACCAGGGAUUACGCUGCAAACUCUGCAGAGUCUACAACCUGGGCAGCAGGGUCAUUUGUUGUUAAAGACUGAGAAUGGGCAAUACCAGUUGCUGAGGGUGGGCCCCGCGCCCGCGGCCAGCUCGCUGGCGCCGCCGGCGCAGACCAUCCGGCUCUCGACCGUGCCGGCACAUCCCGGCGUACAGACAGUGUCGACGAGUGUCGCGGCUGCGGCGCAGAUGCAGGGCCAGAUGGCUGCGGGCGCGGUGGCGGCACCGGCGGCCGUGGCCUCGCCCGCGCCCGCGCCUCCGCCACAGGCGCCCACUGUCACUACGCAGAAACCUUCAGACAACACAAAAGAAAAAUGUAGAAACUUUUUGGCAAAUCUUUUGGACUUGUCAAGUAAAGAACCCAAGUCCGUUGAACGAAAUGUGAGAAAUCUCAUCCAAGAGCUGAUUGACGCCCAAGUGGAGCCAGAGGAGUUUUGCGAUCGGCUCGAAAGGUUGCUGAAUGCUAGCCCUCAACCAUGCCUCAUAGGCUUUCUAAAGAAAAGUCUGCCCCUUCUGCGACAAUCCCUGGUGACCAAAGAGUUGGUAAUUGAAGGAAUCAACCCGCCGGCGCCGCACGUGGCGUUCUCCUCGAUUCCGGCGCCGCCGCACCAGACCAUCAUGGCCACAUCCAACGUGCAGAUGCCUAAACCGGCAGUAAAACCUGGAAAUACGAUAGCGGUGUUACAAAAUAUACCUGUUCAUACAAAGAUAAACGUGAGCAAAGUGGGAGGCAAAGCGAUGACUGUCAACAGUAAAGCAAAUUUCAAUAGAUCAGCGGCGGCGACCGCGGCACUCUCCACGGUAUUGACCCCCGGGAAGUCGCUGCUCAAGGAGAAGGAGAAGAAGUCGUCCUCGCAGUACUCGCAGCCGUUCGUGGACGACAAGAUGGCCGGCGACGACGACAUCAACGACGUGGCGGCCAUGGGCGGCGUCAAUCUAGCCGAGGAGAGUCAGAGAAUACUCGGCUCCACUGACAUGAUCGGAACACAAAUAAGGUCGUGCAAGGACGAGUACCUGGUGCCGACGGGGCUGAUGUCGGCGCGGCUGAAGGCGGCGGCGGCGCGGCACGGGCUGGAGGAGCCGGCGGCCGACGUGGCCGCGCUGCUCACGCACGCCGUGCACGACCGCCUCAAGAACCUCAUCGAGAAACUGGCGCUCAUCGCGCAACAUAGAAUCGACCUUGUUAUAAAGACCGACUCCAGGUACGAAGUGACACAGGACGUGAAAGGGCAGCUCAAGUUUCUGGAGGAGCUCGACCGCGUGGAUAAGAAGCGGCGGGAGGACUCCGAGAGGGAAAUGCUGCUCCGGGCCGCCAAGUCCCGCUCCAAGAACGAGGACCCUGAGCAAGCCAAGCUCAAAGCGAAGGCCAAAGAAAUGCAACGUGCGGAGCUGGAGGAGCUGCGGCAGCGUGAGGCGAACCUGACGGCGCUCCAGGCCAUCGGGCCGCGCAAGAAGCCGCGGCUGGACGGGCCCGGCGGCGGUGACCUAGUGCCCAACGGCGCCGCGCACAACAACACCGGCUUGAGCGGACGCAGCCAGCUGGCGCUGCGGUCGCGGCUGAAGCGCAUCAACCACCGCGACAUGGUGUUCCUGCUGGAACAGGAGCGCGACACGGCGCACUCGCCGCUCAUCUACCGCAGCUACCUCAAGUGACCGGCAGACCCCGACCACAGGCCCGUGCUCGGCUACCCGCCCACCACCAUCAAUCCCAACUACACGACCAACGAGAGGGUUCCGACGAAAACGUAUGUCGCACCAUCUGCUAAUUAGAAGCCACGAUCUGAAUGACGAAGUUGUGAAACCACUGAAUGGCGUGUCAGACACCCGUCUAUACUUAUUUCACUCUUCUUUGGGACUCGCGCUAACAUAUGUCCGUUAGUGUCAGUAUGUGAUAGUAACGAUAGGACUGACAUUGAAAUUAUUCAACACGUCAAACAGUAUGAUAUACCUAAAAGUAAAUUUAAUUUGUAUAUACAAUCUAAGGGACUGUUAGAUACAUAAUAUAUUAGUUUUUUGUCUAUAAACAAAGAGCGUAAGCGUUAAAUGAAUCAGACUUUCUUCCUUCAGCUGUACAUGGAGCUGCAAUGUCUUGCUUAAUUAUAAGUACUUAUGAAGUUGUUGACAGCGUGGAACGUCGCUUACAACGUUCGUUAGCGUAAGGUGAGAUGCAAAAAUAUCAAUCGUAGUUUCUACACUUGAUAAAAAUGGUUUUGUAAGAAUUUUCUACGUUAAUUAAUUAUACAUCAUGUUUUUCAUUAUUGUUUAAAUGUUUAAUGAGAUAUUUAUUAUAAAACAUAUUCAUAUUACAAAUCUGUGAUUACAAAAAAUAUGUAUCAUUUAUUUCUCAGCAUUAUCUAUCUAUCUGUGUACUAAAAUUAAUAUACAAAAAUAGUAUUUAUCUUUUUUACCGAAGUGGUAAUGACUAUAAUUUAGUUUAUUGACUAGCGACCCGUCCUGGCUUCGCAAGGGGUAUCAAAUUAUACACCUAAACCUUCCUCAAGAAUCACUUUAUUGAUAGGUGAAAACCGCAUGAAAAUCCGUUCAGUAGUUUUUGAGUUUCUUGCGAACAUACAAACAAACACACAGACAGACUUGCGGGGGACUUUGUUUUAUAAGGUGUAGUAAUAUAUUGAAAAAGUAGCGAUUAAUGCAUUGAUAUAAAUGCUGAUAUGAAUAAAAAUACUAGAACAGUACCUAUUUAACCCUUAAAUGCAUGUUUUUUUCUUUUUGCCCGAAAUUAAUAUAUGUAUCACUUAAUUGUUUGCCGAUUCUAGAAAAAAUAGUAAAAAAAUAUAUAUCUUCGAUUUUCACUGCGAAAUCAGUGUUAGAAGUUGAAUUGGCUAAAUCAUAUUUAUGUAAAUAUGUAAUUUUCAGUAAUAGAUAUAUGGUUUUUUUUACUACCAUUAGAAAGGUACACUAUUUUUGAUAUACUUAUGAAAAAAAUUUAAAUAUAAAAUAAUUACAAACCCCGAAAACACUGUUCAUAAUCACAUACUAAAAAUUAUCAAGCCUAAGCUUUCCGACUUUUCGUCUUAAAACGAAUGUAAUUUUUAUAAAUUAAAAAUAUUGCGUAAAUUUAACCCUUAAAUCAUCACCCUACUACUUGACGUUUAGUAUAAAGGUGCGUUCAAGAACGUAAGCCAUUUUUUUAAAUCUGUGAGCUGUCUAAUGCUUUGUAGACAUUUGGCAACACUAUGCAUUUAAGGGUUAAGAACGGGGUUGAUCGAUAAAUCGAGUUAUAGACAUUUUGUCUGAUAUUGAAUUAAGCUUUAUAUAGCCCUGUGAAGAGUGCAGCGCAUCUACUGUAGCUAAAACUCAACAACGCAGUUUGCCAGUGUUGGAAAUCGUUAACAGCCAUUGCCUCUUUCCAAAGACUGAUAUGCAAUCUUUUCCGCCGGGUACUCGCAAAGUUUAAAAACCGAUACGGCUAUGAGAAGUAGGUUAAAAUCAACUUGCAUGAUUUUAUUACGUUGUUUUUUUGCAAAAUUGAUAUAAAUGUGUCAAAAAGAAGUACUUUGCAAAGUAAGUAUAAUUUGUUUACCUAUUUUGAGAAAAUCACCCACCUAUAAUUAUUAUUGUAUAUAGUUGGCAAUGUGUUGCAGUAAAUGCUUGGUAUAUUUGUUGGCUAUAUGAAUUAAAAACUAAAGUAGCUAAUGAUUUUAAAACGCACACGUAUAUGUAUUCAGAAUAUAAUUUUAUGAAAUUAAUAUAUAAAAACUACUUACUCCUUAACGUCACUUCCCAUCCCACUAACCCGGGGUUAAGCGGUUAAACCGUUAUCCCAGUGUCAAAUGGUACUGGUAACCAUGGCAAGAGUGGAAUGGUGCAAAUGGCCCUUAGGGUGGUAUUCCACCUGUCCAAUAUCUUGGUCCAACGUCUCACUCUCUCAUUAAGCAAAAUGUAAGACAAAAUACACAUUUGAAAUUUUAACUACUGGAUUUACAAUAUAGGUAUUUAAAAUCAAAAUCAUAAUAAAUUUAAGAAAUAUUAUUAUUCACGCAGGCUUGAAAUGAACUACAACAACUAUGAAGGUAACGGAAAUCUUCUUAUUAGUUACUUUAAAAUUGACACAAACAUAUAUGGAUUAAAGAAUUCAUUUUAUUAUUUUUGUAGGGUGGUUUCGCUUAUGUUGCUCCAUAGAAAAAUUAAUCAUAUGUGGAUUUCACGAUUUAUGGUUAUCACUCGUACGUUCCGAAUUAAGUAUAUUCUAAAUAUAAAACAUACCGUAUUAAAUUAAAUCCCAUGUUUAUUCUGAAUGUGGGUACUUGAACACUACUCCAUAUAGGUGAAAAGUGGGGCACUUUUUACCAUGAUGUUCCAUCCAUUACUCCCCAGGGAAUAAAAUGGGCUGUUACUCCUCUCGCUACGCCCGCGUGUAAUACUACGACAUGUGAUGAAAAACCCAUUUUGCUUAAGAUGAUUAGAUGUAUGUUAGUAAUAUUUUGCAAUCGCUAGGUAAGUUUGGUAACGUUAGACCAGUUUAUUACAGAUAACCUUUUUUUAUUGUAUAUAUUUCGAACUGGUCCCGGUUGUAGUUUUGGCCAUAGUCUAAUAAAACAUGGUCUUCCAUUCCCAGAGUGACACGGGCCUACGUCACAACAACAUGGCCGCUAUAUAUAGCGCUAUCGCAUAUUAUCAUAUAGCGCUGUCGCAUGAUGACGUAGGCCCGUGUCAGUUAGGUGACCUAGAAAAGACGGGAAUGGAGUACCAGGCGGAGUAUAUUAUUAUACCAUGGUUUUGGCUUGUACGAGAAUAUUACGUAAUCCUUUCACCAUUGUACCUAUCAGAAAAUGCAAUGAUGUUCUAAAUUGCUUUGAAUAUAGGUAAUUGCCACAUCAAUUAUGUAGGUAUGUCUGUUAAAUCUUUUGUAAUUAAAAUACUUGUGCAGGUAAUGCUUGCAAUGAAUGUAAAUAGCUUUUCUAUCUUAUUACAAUUGCAGUAGCUGGGUUUUAAUGGCCGGUUUUUAUAGUGCAAUAAAUUAUUUAAUACAUUCUUACACGCUCGGCUAGCAGAAUAUUAGACUGUUAAUUAACCAAGGGAUGAAAGGCACUCAUUUCAGUAUGUAGAUGUAGUUUGGUCACCAAUAGUCCGAGACUUAAAUGAUGCCUUUCACCCGAGUUAAACCCACUAUUUUCAACAAAAAAUGUCUAAGUAUAAACUUUUACAGUAGGUACCUACGUAUUUCUUGAAGGUACUUUCAAUUAAAGGUAAAAAUAUCGUUAUUUACGGAAUGGGGAGUAAAAUAUUACAAUAGAAAUUGUACAUAAAUCCAUUUAAAAACAAACCCAGUUAAUUGCUCAUCGUAAAAAAGGAAAGAAAAACGUACUUGGGGACAAAAUGCUCUAGAGCAGAAACUUAUCACCUUCUGCGCACUUCAUGGAACAACAAUGACACACUUUUAGAGCAUGAGAAAUGAAAUAUAAACAAGUGCGAAAAGUACGAAAUUAACAACGAGUGGCGAUAAGCUAAAACACGACCGAAGGGAGAGUUUUAAAUCGACACAAAGCAUCGAAACUGCUGGGCCUGCCGGUGCGCUCCCGACCGGCGUGCCCCUCGCCCCCAACAACUGGCCAGAGUACAAUUUUUUUUAGUAUUGAAUAAAUACGGUAAAAUAACCUACAAUAUUGGAUACUUUUGUAUAUUUAACUUACAAUCGAAUUGAAAAGUAGAGUGUAUAACCCAGGCAUAAAUUUAAUGUCCAUUUUUAUCCUCGACUAUACUCGUCAGACAAAUCGGUGAAAUUUGACAAAAAAUAUAUAUUGUUUUCAAAAAUUAUUUAAAGAUAGCCUUGACCAUAUUUCGUUAGGCAACCCUAUUUAUUUAUGUUCUGGAACUGGAACAUAUUUUCUUUCAUAAAAUAUAAGUAAGUUUCUUCGGUGAAGUUCGACCACGCAUUCGGGUAAAAUGGAACUUUCUUAUCACUAUCAGUUUUCGAAGUACAAAGAGAGCCUUUACCGGCUGGUGUGGUGAAAAAUAUUGUAUUGUCUUCUCAUUCAACAUUAAUUUGACUUCCUUCAGAACUUAAUAUACCUAUCUGUUUUGAGUAGGUUAUAUUAAAACAGCUGUUAUUAUUCCGAUAGAUCCGUUCCUUUUUGAGAAUUCCGGGAUACUAUAAAAGUUUCCAGAUAAUUCACUUUAAUUAAAGACACAGAACCACUGGCAAAUCUUAUCACAUAAUAAUUACGUUUACAUGUGGUCAAUUAACCGUGUCGAUGAAUUGAACACUAGCUACUGAAUCAUAAACUUAUGAACAAAAUGCCGAGGCUAAUUCUUAUCGGUCUGUGUCAUGAUUUAUUAUGGUUUUUUUACGACAGGAACAGUGUCAAUGAUAAGAAAGGAUAUUUUAGUAUGAUUAUAUUGUUAACGUUCGCAAUUCGCGACAAAUAUACAAGGUAGAUACUACUGAUUGAUAAAAAAGUUAUUUUUUGCACAGUGUUGAACAAAUUCCAUGUUAGUAAAUAGAUAUUUAAGAAUGGACUGUAUAAAGUAAUGGGGUCGUGUUAAUAAUCCUUGGUGGCGAACACUAGAGUAGACAAAAAUGUCUCAAAAAUAUCUUAUCUUUUAGUUAAUUCCUAUAUUGCGAGGGAUGCUAAGCCGACCAUAAAUAUUUGCUUGUACAAUAAAAAAUAUAGUUAAUGUAAUAUUAGUAGCUAAAUUAAUGUUGUAAAUAUAUCAUUUUCCGAA